GUUACUAAAUAAUGCUAGUAGAUCGUUCUGUAGUAGGAGGGGGUGUUUGAGGAAAGCAAAGGGGGGUCAUCUGCCACUAAGCACCCCUCACACGUCCCACACGUCCACGAUAAGAUGAACGGCUGAAGAUCCGAGCUGUUCGAGCAAACCUGGAACUACAGAGCUGCGUUCACGUCCUCCUGAAUCUGCCGUUUCACGCGUUCUCCAAUGCGCAUGUGAUUGUUAUUGCAGAUCUUUGACAGGCGUUAGGACGAUUUGCAGUAACGAUCAGCAGUAAGGCGUAAUUCCACACCGCGUGUUCGUAGGUGGUACACGGAGGAAUCAGCAGUGCAAGAGAAAGGAAAGAAAUCAGCCCUUAACAUGACCAUGUCUGUCCCGGAGAGGAUCUCAGAGUCCGGGGGGAAAGAGGAAGAAAGCGAGGAUGAAAGUGAAAUCCUGGAGGAAAGCCCGUGUGGUCGCUGGCAGAAGAGAAAGGAGCAGCUCAGCCAGGGGAACGUGCCGGGCAUCGAGAGCGCCUCACUGGCCAUGGACACAGAGGAAGGAGUGGAGGUAGUCUGGAAUGAGGUGCAGUUCUCGGACAAGAAGGUCUUCAAGGCUCACGAGGACAGAAUCAGGGAAAUGUUUGAGAACCUCAUGCAGGUGGAGCACCCCAACAUUGUCAAGUUUCACAAAUACUGGCUGGACACCAGAGAGAACCGAGCCAGGGUGAUUUUCAUUACGGAGUACAUGUCAUCCGGGAGUCUCAAACAGUUCUUAAAAAAAACUAAGAAAAAUCACAAGACCAUGAAUGUCAAGGCAUGGAAGCGCUGGUGCACACAGAUCUUAUCCGCCCUCAGCUACCUGCACUCCUGUGAUCCACCUAUAAUCCAUGGAAACUUGACCUGCGACACCAUCUUUAUUCAGCACAACGGCCUUAUAAAGAUCGGCUCAGUGUGGCACAGGCUUUUUGUAAACGUAUUCCCAGAAGCCAUCCACGGGAACGUGCAUCAGCACCGAGAUGAGGUGCGGAAUCAGCACUUUUUUGCUCCAGAAUACGGCCUUGCCGAAGAUGACUACUCCAUCGAUAUCUAUUCUUUUGGAAUCUGUGUUUUAGAGAUGGCAGUUUUGGAGAUUCAGUCCAAUGGUGACGCUGCUGUUUCUAAAGAGGCCAUAGUGCAUGCCGGGCAGUUGCUGGAGGACCCCCUGAUGAGGGAGUUCACGCAGUCAUGUGUGCGUGCGGAGGCCAAGCUGAGGCCGACGGCUCACGACCUGCUGUUUCACCGAGUGUUGUUCGAAGUUCACUCCUUAAAGCUGCUCGCUGCUCACUGCUUCAUCAGCAACCAGUAUCUGCUGCCUGAGAACUGUGUGGAGGAGAAGACCAAAUCUAUAGACCCAAAUGGCAUUAUGGCAGAGAUAAACCAUAAAGAUCGUCCUGGAAUCCAGAUGAAGUACUCUCAUGUUUCUCCUCUGGAGCUGGACAAGUUCCUGGAAGAUGUUAAGAACGGCAUCUACCCUCUAAUGAACUUCGCCUCGCAGCGGCCGCCGCAUCCUAUUCCACGUGCACUCUCUCUCUCACAGGAGCACAUGGAGACUGUAAAAACUCCAACUCCAGAGCCUCAGGAGACGGAGACCAGAAGGGUGGUUCAGAUGCACUGUAACUUAGAGGCUAACGAGGAGGGAACGAGGAGUCAUCUCUCUCUGUUUUUGAAGAUGGAUGACAAACUUCACCGGCAACUUAGCUGUGAUGUUCUUCCAACUGAUCAUCCCAGAGAUCUCACCAGUGAGUUGGUCCACCAUGCAUUCAUUAGUGAGGAAGACUGUGACAAGUUGGCUUGCUUUUUAGAAGAAGCACUAGGGAAACACUGGGCUGGAGCUUCCACUUCACCUUCCGUCUAUGGUGCUCAAGCACUGAGCCCGUCUGAAAAGCUGCUGUGAGGCAGAGAAGUUGACCAGAGCUGGUCUGACCAACACAGACAUCGAAGUGCAGAAAGGAGAGAGGGAACUGAUGGGUUACUGAAAGAGCAACACUGUAAAAUGGGAAUAAGUCAUUCAUGUUGGAGGUCUUAUUGUUAUCAUACAACACGGCAGACAUGAUGCUCUUUUACCAGUGAUGACCCCAGAUAUAUACGAAUAGGUUUGAUGGAUUUGUGAGGCAUUGUCGAUGCUGUUUACCUUUUGGUAUUACCCAUUUUCCAUCUUUUGGCAAAAGCAAAUGCCACAGAGGUGUAGAGUAUUGAGAGAACAGAACCCGGAAAAUGUGCUUUGUCAUGGGUUUGUCAGCCCAUGGUUCUUAAACUGUCAUUGUAUUUUUACAAAAACUCCAGUAAAUGUUUAUUUAUUGUUUAAUAUUAAACAUGACUCGUUAGGCUCACAGUGAGAACAGUAUGUCCAGAUAUGUGACUUUUUUGAUACUUGUAAAAAAAGAAGAAAAAAAACAAAGAAAAAUAAGUUAGCAGUGAUGUUUCAGUGACCAGGAGAUGAUGAAUGUACGGUACUGUAGCAAAGUACUAUGCUUGUAGUUACGUCCCGGUAACAUGAAACACUCGAGAAUGGUUCUUACAAAGCAUUAAGUGCCUACGUGAGAAAUGAAUGUGUUAGAUGUACUUUAUAAAGUAUCACUAAUGUGAUAUAUGAAUCUAGUAACACUUAUGAUUUAUGUAAUAUCACUAGGACAGUGGGACUUCAUUACUCACAACACUUAUGGGUCCAUAACAGGAAGAUGAUUUAGACUUCUCCUACUUCCCAAAGAGAUGCCAUUCGGUUGACUGGCUGAUGUGAAUUAAUGUGACGAAAGAGUGUAAGAUGUUUUGCAAAGAACUGGUGCCCUGUCCAAAGGCUCCUAAUCGGACUCCAGAUACACCACAACCCUUAUCAAAAUAAAGUACUUAUUAAAGAUUAAUUAAUAAACCUUUAUUUAAAUACUACAGCUGAUAUUAGUAAAAGUUAGUUAAAAUAAGCUGUUGAGCUGAAACCUUAAUUAAAUACAGCCUCACAAUAUACAUGCACAAUGGCUAAACUCGAGAUACUUCCCUUUACUGAUUGGUUACAGAGUAGUGCUCCACAUAAUUUGCUUUUAAUCAGUUUACAGAGCAAUUAACCGUGGGCACAGGCUCCCUGAAAUUUGACAGCUAACGUUUGGAAAGAUGUUGUUCACUAUCAUAAAUCUUGAUUUACUGACUACUGGUGUGAAUUCAUGUGAAUGAGUGAGUGUAAGAUGUCCUGCAAAGAACUGGUGCCCUGUCCAAAGGCUCCUAAUCCACCACAACCCUGAUCAAAAUAAAGUAUUUAUUAAAGAUUAAUGAAUAAACCUUUAUUUGAAUCCUACAGUCAGCUGAUUUUGAUAAAUGUUAGUUAAAGUAAGCUGUUUAGCUGAAACCUUAAUCAAAUACAGCCUCACAGUAUACAUGCACACUGGCUAAACUAGAGAUACUUACCUUUACUGAUUGGUUACAGAGUAGUGCUCCACAUAAUUUGCUUUUUAAUCACUUUACAGAGCAAUUAACAGUGGGCACAGGCUCCCUGAAAUUGAACAGCUAAAUAUCUUGAGUUCCACUGUAACAUGGUAAAGGUUGGGUCAGGAUACAAGUAAACAGCAUGAAUCCAUGAAUGAAUGAAUCCAGCCUUCAUUGUGUUUACAGUUCAGGCUGGUGGUGGUGAUCUAAUAGUGCAGGGUGUUUCUUGGCACGCAUUAGUCUCUCUAACAUCAAUCAAGCAUCAUUUGAAUGACACCACAUAUCUGAGAACUGUUGCUGACCAUGUACAUCCCUUAAUAGCCACAAUUCAGCAUCACACCAAAACAUUGGCUAUUUUCGGCAUAAUAUCAAGGCUCAUAAUAAAUAACAGUACAGCCAAGAUAAAUUAAACAGGUUUCAUGAGCAUGGUUUAAUGAGUACCUCAGUGGCCUUCAACAGAACACCUUUGGGGUGUGGUAGAACAGGAAAUUAGCAGCAUGAAUGUCCAGCUGACAAACCUGCAGCAAUAACAGGAUCUAAUUAUGCCAACAUGAACCAAAAUCUUAAAGGAAUGUUCCCAACACCUUGUAAAAUCCAUGUAAAUAAUUGAGGCUGUUCUGAAAGUGAACGGGGGUUCUACCCAGUCGAAUAAACUGUACAGUGAGGGUAUAUUGUGCAUAAGUAAAAAUAUAUUUUCCCUUAACUAACUGAUAAAAGCAUCAAAAUGUGGGGAAAAAGAAGCUCUAUUUAAACCGUUUGCACACACACACACACACACACUGGGUUGUGUUAGUGCCUAAUUAUGUAACCCUGGAAUGAAUACAGGUAGCUGUGGUUGGGAAAACUACACCAAAUAGAACUGAACCUAAGUUUCGGGCUUUGACUGUGGAAUUAUAAAUCAGUAUUCAUUUUGGGAAUCUUUGUCAUGUGGUCCACGUUGACACUGCAUCAUUUUGUUAGCACAACUGCCCUUUUUUGGUUUGUCCCAUCCAGAGCUGGGAAAUAUUUAGGUUUUGAAGUCAGUGGUGUGAAAAUGUCCAAGAAAACCAUAUUAACAGAAAGGAAGGCGCAGGUAGGACAAGUUAGUCACACUGUUCACAGACUAAGCAUUAAUUCAUUCACCUGAUCCAGCUAGAAAUCAAUGCUUAGAAAUCCUAAAUAGUGACAUUAAUUUUUUUUCUGAAUGGCACAAAUAUUAAAAUGAGUAAAAUCAUAUAAAAAGCUAAUUCCAAUGAUAUUUCUCAUCCAGUGCUAUAUUGAACGUGGUGAAAUAUAUUUAUAGACACAGGAAGAAACUCAUGUGCAUGACUUCCAAAAGCCUGCACAAUAAUCGCUGAUUUCCCUCCUUGCCUUGGUUAAAGAUUUUAAUGGACGUACUUCUUUGUUUGAUUCAUGCAAUUUGUUUUUAUUUUUGUACAGUUUGUUGUACAGUAACAAAGUCUAAUGUUUCAGUUGCUUAAUAAAAUCUUCAGAAUCAUAAAAAA